AUGUCGGACGACGAAGAUUUACAGAAUAGCGCGGACCGGACGGAGAACGUCGACCCAAAUGUCGCUGAAGAAGCCACUUUGCUGAGCCCAAUGGCACAACUCUUGCGAUCGAAAGCGGCGGACCGUGAGAAACUCCAAGAAAGGAGGCGGAUGAUUCUGGCGGGUCAAGAGCCCAUGGAAAAUAUUCAGCGGACGCCGCGCAUGACAUCAAAAGCGAUGGGAUCUUCGUCAAAUGGGCAGCAAGGUCAGUUCCACUCACUUAGAACUAGCAGUUCAAGCAGUGAUGAAUCAGAAUUGUCUUUGCAAAGCGAGUUGAGCACAGCACGCCUCAUGAACGAGUACAUGCGAGCGGCUGCUAUGCCUGAUGUCAAACCAUUCGCAAAUCGCAAAGGAGAAAAGUUUACAGAUUUCCUAAGACAGUUUAGGCUAAAAUACCCAGAGACAACAUGGCGAGAUAGUGAAAGGCGUGAUAUCUUGGUAGGCCUAUUAGAGGGGGAAGCAAGAAUGCACUAUAAAACCCUCCCAAAGGAUGUCCGAAACGGGUCGUUACAAACAUUAAUAGAAGGAAUGAAGAGAAGGCUGAAAGGUAGACGGGCCGGAAGAGCAAGCCAAAGCUAUGAGAAAACUCCGAACAUACGGAAAAAAGGAGAUCAGUCAGUGUUACAGUUCUGCCUAGAGUUAGAAACGUUAUCGUGUAAAGCGUACCCAAAUGCUGAUGAUCACACCUUAUCGCUCAUGCGGGCAGAGAUUCUGCAAGAGCAACUGAGCCAUUGGACAGAAGCAAUACAGCUUCUAGAGAUACUGGAGACGGAAACUAGUGGGAAGGUUUACGAGAAAAUGAGGGAAACCGCGUUGAGAAUCGAGCGAUUGAGGGAAAACAGUUCGCUCGGCAGGGCGCAUAGGCGCCACUGGGAUUCAGGGCGAAAGGGCCCACCCCAAGGCAUGAACGGGAGCAACAAGGCCGCCCCAACACCGGACAAACAAGACGGCAAGAAAUUCAACGGACGCGCACCACAAAGGACUCAGAAGGACGUCACCUGUACGAACUGCGGCAAAAGAGGCCAUGAAGCGCAAGAGUGCUGGAGCAAGAAAAGCGACCGACAGGCAGUGUCAUUCAGCGCGACGCUGGACACAUGGUGCUGCAAGACAAUACAAUCAAAAGCAGGAAAGUGCGUAGAGGUAGGGAGCAAAUAUAUGGUCACGCUAACCUGCUUGGGGUCAAAAGAAAGUGGAUUGAUAGACAGCGGAUCGCAGAUAACCAUAAUACCGCUUGAAAUUCUGAAGAGAGCAAGGGAUCGCGGUCAAGACAUGGACCGUUUAUGCACACAAGUACCACUUCCUGAUGUCAACGCAUACGAUGCAUCAGGGAACAGGAUGGACUUCUUGGGCUGUGUGCAGCUGAACCUAGGCCUUGAAGGCAGAGGAGAGCACCCAGUAAGGGCGUAUGUCAAGAAGUUAAAUGAUAACGUCAUCCUAUUAGGUACCAAUGUUCUGCGGACCCUAGGCAUCCACACUGGAAUUGAACGAUGCACAAGCACGGAAGAUGAGGGAUGUACUACAAGAAGCGGUUGGCAAGAAACGCUUCACCCAAUACAAGGAGACGCUAUGCCAGUCAGGCAAGAUCAUCUACAGGAACCACUGAGAAAAAAGAGCAACGUGGUGGCAGUUGAUGAAGAAGGUCAGAAGAGUCGCGUGGAAGCGGAGGAAUCUUCGCAGCAGGAACCAGAAAAACGUUCCAGAGAAGCCACCGUAGUAAAACGGGUAUACGUCAGUCCAGGACAAUGCGCACUCAUCCAGGUGCAAGGAAAUGGCCAGCAAGAGGACGCGGCACUUUGUUCAGUCAACGCAAACAUUCCGACAGGUGUAUGUGAAUUUUCACAAAAUGGCACCACGGAAGUACCUGUACUCAACCAUACAUCACAGCCCAUAGUCUUCCAAGAAGGACAGAAGAUCGGAGUCUGGGAAGAAGUUGACUGGAUACAAGCGGCAACAAAGGACAUAGAGUCGGAC